AUGGAACACGGUAAGAAGGCAUUGGGAGAAGUGUCUAUGAUGCGCUUUCAGUGGUCUUCCGUUUUACCACGGCAGACCCUACUACUGCCCGAUUUUGCCCGCUGCCCGAUAUUCCUGGAAGUACGAAAGUCCGGAAGUCCGGUCGGCAUUAUGCAUGUGCAGCCAAUUUUGUGCGCCGCCCGAUUUUGGUGGAGACUGGACUUCCCAACUUUCGUACUUCCGGGAAAAUCGGGCAGCGGGCAGAAUCGGGCAGCUGAUAUCCAGAUACAACGCCACGGUUUUCAGACGUCAGCUGCUUUUAAGCUGCCAAAUGGCUACGUCCUACCGGAGGGCAAACUGACGCCGAAUACGCUGUUCGUUGGUGGAAUCGACACGAAGGUGGAUGAGAAUGAGAUUAGAGAUUUCUUUGCAAGAUACGGCACAGUGAAAGAGGUUAAAAUCAUCACCUACCGCGGUGGUAUCUGUAAAGGGUAUGGGUUUGUUUACUUCAAUGAGGAUGUUGAUAUCCAGACCAUCGUUGAACAACAGAUCACUUUUAAAGGGAAGAAACUCAAACUGGGCCCGGCUAUUAUGAAGGAGCGCAGCUCACGUUCAGUUACGUCCCCUCUGAUUGGUCCACCUCAGUGGAUAAGCCCCUCCCCCUACAUAUACUGUAGUUGCUGCCCUGCAGGCCUUGCUGUGCCCUCCCCAGUCCUUAAUGCAGCUAACCACUAUAUACCGUCCUAUUCAUACUCCACUCAUCCUGGAGUCAUGGUUCCUCAGAUUCCUAUGAGCUAUGCACAGACUUCCUAUGCCUACCAGUAUACACCACAGUGGUCUGGAGAGCAGAGGGCCAGGCUUGUGAAUCAGAACUGUGUUGACUCUGGAGUCCAGACAUUGCUGACACUGUUGUAG